UCUAAUCUAGAUUUUCAAACAGAAAUCAUCUACAGUGAGUUGCAAUACGAACAUGUUUUUAGUAAACACUUUUGUCCUUGUUUUGUGCAUCGGUGCUUCCUUUUCUGAUCCCAUUCAAUCAAUAGUACCGUGCCAUAAGAAUGACCACGCUUGCAUGACAACAUCGGCUAAGGCAACCCUGCCCAUAUUUGCCACUGGAUUUCCAGACUUUGGAGUGGAAUCCUCAGAUCCUCUGAUCCUGAACGAGAUUAUCGGAGACUUGUCCACUUUGAAGUAUAAGUUCACUGAUACCAUUGUCACUGGACUCAAAAACUGCGAUGUUCAUGAUGUAAAGUUGAACUUAGACAACUCACAUCUACACUACGAAUUGACGUGCAAAAAUGUUGUGAUGCGAGGCCAGUACAUCAUAGGGGGUAAACUCUUCGUUUUACCCGUAGAAGGAAAAGGCGCGUAUGAAAUACAUUGCAAAAAAUACGAAUUUGUAAUAGACGCUGAUGUAAAACUAGUAAAAGGAAAUGACGGCACACAACACCUAGCGAUAAAGAAGUACAAAUUCACCUCUGACGCUCAAGAGGGCAUCGUCUACGACUUUAAAAACUUGUUCAACGGACAAAAGGACUUAGCUGAAACAGUUCUGAAGUUUGCCAACCAAAACUGGAAAGAAGUUGCUAACUUUGUUCAAGAGCCAGCAGUAGUAGCUGUAAUAAAGAAAAUUACCGAAAACCUUAACAAGUUCCUGAAAAUCAUACCAGUUGACAACUUAUUUAGUUUGGUCAAAAAGACGCCCACCAUGUUCCUCUUGAAAUUGUGUUUUGCUAUCAUUUGUGUGACUAGUAUAAAAGCCCAACCAUGCAACGUUUAUGACCAGGGAUGCAUCACCAGAUCGGCAAACAGGGCGUAUGCAAAGAUAAUAGCUGGUAUACCUUCAGCGGGUGUGAAAGUUUUAGACCCAAUGUAUCACGAGAUGAUAGAGGGUGACUUGUCAGUCUUGAAGUUCAAGCUCACCAACAGUACAGUCCGAGGAUUUAAAGAUUGCUUUUUAAAUAAUGUGAAGAUGGACAUGAAUAAAAUGAACACGCAAAUUGACAUGACGUGUCCGUGGAUUCAAAUUUCUGGACAAUAUGUGAUAAACGGACGCCUCAUCAUGCUCGAUGUUCAAGGAGAUGGAGACUACAGCAUGAAAUCUGGACGGUACCGUAUAGGAUUGGACUGUGAUAUCAAAAAAGUGAAAUGCAAGGACGGGAAGGAUCAUCUCAAAAUAAAAAAUUUCAAAUCGAAAUACGUUGCUGAAGAAAGAGUCGAAUUUGAUUUCAAAAACUUGUUCAAUGGAAAUAAGUUGCUAGGUGAUACUGUUCUUAAGUUUGCAAACGGAAACUGGAAGGAAGUUUCUGAAUUCCUGCAAAGCCCAGUCAUGAACGCACACAUCAAGAAAAUUAUGUCCAACGCCAAUAAAUACUUCAAGACGGUUCCCUUGGAAAACAUGAUUACAUAUUAAUCUAUUACCUAACAAGUCAAACGGGUCUA